UGGAAAAUUGAACAACGAUUUUUUUGUGUUUGAGAUAUUAUUGUUGGAUAAUUGAUACCCAUAUUGUAUAAACUAGGAAAGAUUUAACUUAGUAAAUGGAGAAGAAGGAUGAAUAGUAGAAAUGAUAUGAGUUGUAUGAGUUCUCCCUUACAAGCCUUACAUAAGGGAGUAUAUAUAGGGAAAUCCGGGUCUGGGCUUCUAAUAUCGGCCCGACAGACCCGGUUACAUAAAUGGACUAAUAGUAUGAAAAGCUAAUCUAGAACAUAUGAAUAAUAAUGUACAACAAUAUGAAUCCGUUAAACGUGUGUAGGCCACUGUCCAGGCCCAAUAGUCGGCAGGCCGGGAGUCGGGGUCCAUAUACUCCAUCAGGAGUCCCCCACUCCCUGAGCCGAGAGUACUCGAGGUGAAAGGGAGUAGUUCACAAUUGUAUCUGCAACGUUCUUCUGCCUUUGGUUUCUUCCUCUUCGGCCGGGAGACCACCACCCUUGUCCAUGAUAGGGAGGUGCCUCGUUAAAAACCUUUACUAGGAAAAAACCCAGUGGGAAAAAAAUCCUAAUAAAGGGAAAAAGAGUACACCUAACGUCCCCAACAUGAAACAAGGAAGGUAGGCCCCUUCCGGCAUAAUCACUUUUGUCUAGUUCAACCUGUCUUCAUCUGACUUAGCUCUCGUUCCUGCUCAUGCGUGAUAUUUGCUGCUCAUCCAGAAAAUCUGACCUCUCAAUCCCCCAGUCCCCCAGUCCUUGAGGCGAGUGGAGACGAGGUGAAAAAUGAGUAAAGUCAUCUUCGUACCUAUACAUUUAACAUGCAUAUAAUUUUUUUUCAUGGAGUUUAUGUUUCCGAUCGGGAGUUCGUCACUUGAAAAAAGUGGAAAUGUGAAUUGUUGAUGUAAUGAUAAAAUACUUAGUAGAGUGGAGGUGUGAUCCAUUCGUACGCAACGGUCGCCACUCUUGGAAUGACUAAGACCGGUCUUCGUGUCUGAGAGUCAGGGCUUUGUGCCCGAGGAGUCAGGGCUUUGUGCCUGAGAGUCAGGGCUUUGAAUCCUAGUGAUGGGUCUCAAGCCACACUCUACUGGGCAUUUGAUCAUAAUUGCGUGAUAGUGUGACAUUUAACCGAAAAAAUGGUUUAAAUAAACAUAAAUAUUAUGAAAAUUAAAGAAUACUUAUCUUUUGAUGGGCCGAAAUAAUCUGGGCUUAACAGAAAUGAAUAGCAUCCAACAAUCCCCUUGAGCCAAUUUUAACUCCCAGAAGCCCAUUGACAAUCGUGGCCCAUUGCAUUUCACUCGUAGUGAACAAGUGGUAGCCAUAUGACCACGUCAAGCUAUUUCCUCCUUUCCAAAGUCAGCUCUCGCAUGAGUCCCUCCUUUCCAAAGUCAGUUCUGCCAUCCAAAGUAGCUGGCAUUUUUGUCUUGCGACCAAGAACAGUAGCGAUAGGCUACUGUCAUCUAUCAAGUCCAGUCCACUAUUCAUCCCGCUUUAGGAGAUUUGCUGCAGCUACGGGAUGCCGGCGGUGGAGCCGGCGAUGAACCAGCGUCGCGCGUUGGAGCAGCAGGACGGUAGGGAAAGGCGGUUGAGAGGUUUUCUCACUUGUGUCAAGUUUCCUGGCUGUCUGAUCCAUAAGCAUUUGCUGAUGACUCCUGGGCGCAAAAAUUGGCUCUAGUCAAUGUUAUUGACUGAGUCAAUCGAUGAGAAAAUGGCUGCCAGUUGCUGGGUUCCUUCGAUUUGGUUUCAAUCGAUGAGAUGGCAGGCGCGUAGCGAACUGUGAGCGGUGACCGGACAGAAAGAGGAGCAAAAGGCCGGCGCAGCGGAGUCCACGCGCGCUCUGUUCCCAAGCCCCGCUGCUCUGCUCAGGGGUCGCUAGGGGUGUUCCAGUUGGGGUCGACGGGCAUAUUCUCCGCAUGACGGAGGGAAGAUGUCGGCGAGCAUUUUCUUGUAACGCUUCAGGGGAUGACGCGACCGCGGCCGCAUAGCCGGGCAAAAGACGCAGAGCUGAUCGCACGCCGGCAUGACCUGCCGUGAAAUCAUAGCCAUAAAUCUUCAACUCAGAAUAGAUUUCUUCAAAUCCUUCUUUAGGUAAUGGAAAUGGAAAGGCCGGAGCCGGAGGAGGGGAGAUCGGAGAACAGAAUUAGGGCCGAUCUCCUACUUCCUCAAACGGCUCCUGAAGUAGAUAGAGCGCAUCAAAUGGCUUCCCAGAAAAUUGAACAUCAGGGCAUGGGUGCGGCUUAACAGGCAGAUUGUUCUUCCAUCUUUUUGCAAUCUGGAAUUCCAGAUAUAAAUCUGGGGAUUUCCAGUAACAUUUCUUCAUUUUCACUUGAUUGUAUUCAAACCUCUCAACGAGAGCACCAUUUUUGGAUAGUGUACCCGGGGUAGCUUAUCCGAGAGGUUACUGCGGAGAAUAACUAGAGAGAAGUCAAAGCAACAAGUAAGAGAGAGAAAGUAUCUGAAUAUUAUUCAAGUCGUUGUUUACAAUGGGGAAAUGGGCUGCUAUUUAUAGCAGCAAUAAAUGCUAGACAGUGACACGUGUCAAGCAUCCGACGGUCGAGGGUCACAUCAAUCGGGGUGGCACCGGCAACUGCAUGUGGCCGCAUUAGAUGCGGUGGUUGGAUGUGAUGUUUGUACUUGGUACGAUGAUCCAGGCGCAUGUGGGGAGGAGAUUCUGUCGAGGAGGGUGCCUUCGGCUGAAGGGUGUUGGGCCGAAGGCUCUCCUAACCGGGGGUCUCCUUGUGCCGAGGGCUGUAUAUGCCGAAGGCUCGGUUUUCACGUCUUGUUCUCCUGUAAUGUUUCAGAGCUCGAUUCUGUCAACGGCAGCCUUCGGUCAUGGGGCCGAAGGCACCCCCAUAGCGUAAUGUGGGCUGCUUAGAGCUUCAUUUUGCUGGGCUUGGCCCGUUUUGGGCCUGUUGGGCCUGAUUGCAGUAGUGGGAGUACGUGGGCCGGAGGUCCCCGGGCCAUAUACUCCAUCAAUUAUAAACAUUGAUUUCAAUGUAAACAAUGAAAAAUUGAUCCUAAUAGCUUAAUUACUUUUUUAUAAAUAGUGAAUAUGUUUUAUUUUUAAUAUUCGAGCAAUAGAAAUGAUAUAUCUAGAGUUUAUUCCGUGGUGUAACUCACUUACAUUAAGAUGUAACUCGCGUAUAUAAAGAUGUAACUCACGUACAUUAAGAUGUAACUUAGGCAGAAGA